AUGCCGCACGCGCCUGCAGCCACGCACCUCAACGCCGCGCUUCCACUGCAGGUUGGCCCGCUGCGCGUGGACUUUAGCCGCCGCCGCAUCCGCGUGCGAGACGAGUACACCGAGGCAGAGGCCGCCGCCGCCUUCUCGCGGAUGCUGCAGCACCAUGCGGCAAACGGCUGGGGCGGAGACGGAGAUCGGGGCGAUGGGGGGGCCUCCGGAUCUGGACAGCGCCACGAGCAGCCCCAGCAGCAGGGGCAGGAGCAGCAGGGGCAGCAGCAGCAGGCCCAGGAGCAGCGGCAGCGGCAGCAGCAAGCGCAGGAGCAGCAGCAGGAGCAGCAGCAGGAACAGUGGCAGGAGCAGCAGCAGUGGCAGGAGCAGCAGCAGGAUCAGGGGCUGCAGCAGCAGCGGGAGCAGCAGCAGGCGCAGCAGGCGCAGCAGGCGCAGCAGGCGCAGCAGCAGCAGCAGCAGCAGCAGCAGCAGCACCAGCAGCGGCUGGCGGAGUUGAAUGGCAUGGAUCCUUCGGUGCUGGAGGAGCUGCUGUGGCAGGGCAUGAGCGAGCAGGAGCUGGCGCAAACAAUCGGGAUAGAUUUGGCGGAUGGCAACGACGACCCAAGCACCGCGGCCGCCAUUGACCCGCCCGGAAAUGUGCCUGGCACCGGAGGCGCCGACGGCCACAACGCGGCGCAGCUGUCUGCGCCUGUCGCGCCUGCACCCUUGCCACCGCCGCCACCCGGGCUCGAAGUCGCCGAGAUGGACUGGGAGCAGGCGCCGGCCGCCGGCCCGGCACCAGUGGCACCCGUGGCCGCGCCUGGGCCCGCCGCGGCGGCGCUGGGCGCGGCGGUUUCGCUGGAGGAGCAUCGGAGGGAGAUCAGGCGACUGAGGGAGCAGCUGGAGCAGGCGUCAGCGGCGGCGGCGCGGGCAGAGGCGGAGAGGCUCCGCCUGGAGGCCGCCGAGGCCGCACGCAUGGCGGCAGCGGCGGCGGCGGCUGCGGCCGCAGGCGCGUCCGCGAGCGGGGAGCGGCUGAGAGCGCCCGUGCCGGCGCACUGGGCGGCGAUGAGUGCGGCUGAGUCGGACGGCGUCAAACUGGUGGAGCUGCCCCUGCCUGCAGAUGUGGCGGCCGCUGAUGUGGCCGCCGAACCCCUGGCUGCAGCGGAGGCGGCCCUGCCUAAGCCCCUAGUGGCAGAGCUGACUGCCAACGGGCUGAGCCGCGAGGACGCGGUGGCGGCGCUAAGCCAUGCGGGCGGCAGCGUGGCGGGCGCCAUCGAAUUCCACUUUGCCAGCCUGGCACAGGGUGGCGCCGCACGCGCGCUCCAGCAGCAGCAGCAGCAGCAGCAGCAGCAGGGCGGCGCAGCAGCCAGCGGCGCGGCUGCUGAUGAGGCGCGGCAACGGCUGGAGCGGGAGGCCGGCGACGUGGCGCGGCUGUUUUUGAGCCAAAUGACGGAGGAUCACUGGGCCAGCAGCAGCCGCCACCGCAGCGGGCGCGGCGGCGCGCACCCCGGGCUGGUGGUGCGGCGCGUGGAGCGGGUGCAGAACUGGAAGCUGUGGACCAGCUACGCCCUCAAGAGAGAGCACAUCCAGGACGAGGUGGGGGCCUGGCCGACCUUUCUGAACGAGCACCAGCUGUGGCACGGCACGCCGUCGCGGGACAACAUAUACUCCAUCAUAUCUGGCGGCUUCAAGGCCCAGUACAGCAACAUGUACGGCAGCCUGGGCGCCGGCAUCUACUUUGGAGGCCAUGCGUCGUACUCCCACAAGUACUCUGCCGACCGAGCAAUCAACGCUGCAUUGGGCCUGCGCAGCAGCCCCAGCCACCACGGACACCGCCCGCGUGGCGGCAGCAACAGCGGCGGCGGCGGCGGCGGCGUGGGCGACGAUGGGCGGGAGGGCAAGCCUGGCAUGCGCAUCUGCAGCCGCGGCUUCCACGCCGUUUCAAAGAAUCCUGGCAAUGACGUCAGGCGCUACCCAAAGGACGCCUACGCCGUUUUUGACAAUCACCAGGCCUACCCUGAGUACAUCAUCCACUAUGACAUCACUCACUGA